UUCGGAGUUUUACUCGCAGGAGGAGCGACGGAGUCAGACGUGCAGAAGAGGAGGGGGACACAGCACACAGGAGCUACAGUGUUGAAGGUUACGGCACCCCCCACCUGAAGUGUCCCUGUGGAGGAAGCAGCGCAGCCUCACCUGAGGAGACCUGGAGCCGCUUCAUCAUGAAGAGGAGACUCGCCGCGCUCGCGUUCAGCCUCCUGUGGGGGCUCUCAGGUGUGUGGGCAAGAAUCGACAUGCCCAAGACCAAUGUGAAGGUGGUGAAGGGAAACAGGGUGGAGUUGAAGGCCACGUACACCACAUCAGGAGGAAGUGACCUGAGCGCCAGCACCGUCGUCUGGAACUUCGUCUCCAACACCACCAAGCCGAUCAUCUCCUACACCAAAGAGUCCACCAGUGUGGGCGAGCAGUUCCAGGGCCGUGUCGGCUUCCUGAAUACGAUGCCCUCACGCGAUGUGUCGUUGUACAUCAACAACACUCAGGAGCACGACUCCGGCCUCUACCUCUGCCAGGUCCUCAGCACCGAAGGCGCGCCCAUCGGUGAGCUCCGUCUGGAUGUGCAGGUCCCUCCUGCCGUCCCCAUGUGCUCCAUGUCUGGGAAGCCCGUGCUGAAAGGAAACGUGACUCUGAGCUGCAAGUCCAAAACUGGAAAACCCAUCCCAGAGUACCAGUGGAAGAGGACCAGUCCCAGCUCUGAGGUCUUCUUCUCUCCGGCGCUCAACAAGCAGACGGGAACCCUGAAGCUGAUCAACCUGACGAGCAGCAUGUCGGGGAAGUACGAGUGCACGGCCAACAACACGGCCGGCUCGCAGAGCUGCUUCAUCAACCUGGACAUCGUCAGCUCCAACAAAGUGGGAGUGAUUGUCGGUGCCACAGUGGGCUCGGUCCUGGGCUUCAUCUUCCUCCUCCUCUUCUGCCUUGCGUUCCUCGUAUUUCUCAAGAGAGGGAGAUAUAAUGAGGAUGACAUGGCCAACGAAAUCAAGGAAGACGCUCAGGCUCCUAAGCGAGUAUCGUGGGCGAAGAGCGGCAUGGGUUCUGAUGUCAUCUCCAAGAACGGUACGCUGUCCUCCAUCGCCUCCAGUCCUCGCCACAGAGAGCCCCCCCACCACCACCACCUGCAGCGAUACCCGCAGCACCCGCCCUCGGACACCGCCUCCAUCAUCACCGCCACGGGCAGCAUGGCCGGCUACCGGCCGUCCCGCCACCACGGGGCGUCCACCCCCACCCACUACAGCUACAACAACGCCAGCACCCUGCCGCGCGGCGCCCCCGCCUCCUCCCAAGCCAACGGGGACUCGCUGCCCGUGCAGGAGCGCUACAGCCAGCUGCCGCAGGCCCAGACGCCGCCCCAGCAGCUGCAGGCGGCGCCCCCGCCGCCACCACUGCCCUCCUCCAGCAUCACAGCCUCCAACAUCAGCCGCAUGGGGGGGGUGCCCAUCAUGGUGCCCGCUCAGAACCAGGCAGGUUCUCUGGUGUGACGGCGCACCAUCACACCUCCACCAAGGGGUGGGGGGUUUAAAGGGAACGCUUCAGUUUGUUACGAUUUUAGAAGUGCAGAAGAAAAAACACACGUUCACAAUCUGAAACCCUCCGCUCACUCACUUCAAAUAUGAGUCUUUAUUUUCUGUUUUCACUGUUUAUGAUGAAACGAUCUAGAAAGGAUUUUCAGGUCUUUUUUUUUUUACUUUAUUGUUACAUUUCUAAUAUUUUUAUUUCUUCUGCUUUUUAAUGUAAACCCUCUCAUGUGUUUCUCCUCCGGUUCAAACAGCGGCUGGAUUGUUCUUAGAAGGGUUUGACAGUAUUUAAUGAAAACAGGGUGACUGAAGUACCUGAAGAAUCACAGCUCACCAUUCCAGCUCUGUUCAGGGAAGAAAAUGUCUUAAGGGUAUUUCUGCGGCACACGAAAGAGAGGAAAUAAAAGACUAUUAAGGUAUUAUGAUAAUUUUUGGCCAAACUCUAUUACAAUUCUUUUCUUUUUUA